CAUAACAUUUUCAUAUAUUCAUGCAAGUUUAUUUUUAAGCUGUUUAGUGUUAAGCUGUUUUGCUUGCAAUUUUAAACAUUCUAAUUUUCUUGGAGGCAAGUGCAACUAGAGAAUUUUAUAAUAAAGAGGAACUGCCAGCCAUACCUCCUUGUUACAGCCGUUUUGAAAUAAUUAGUCUGUUAAAACAGAGAAGCAUAACACAUCAAUUAAAGAUAUUUUUGAUAUUUUUUGAGCUUGCUCUAUGUUUGAAAGUUUGUUGUUAUAGUCUGUCCACUUUCACCCACUAUAUGGCCACUAUAUCCCACAACACACACGUCAAGGAGUGUGGUUUAGAGAUUUCACAAUUCACACGUCAUGUGAAAUGGCAUUUGCCACGUUUCAACUAAAUUUAUUUCGAUACAGGAUGGCUGGUUGGUCGUUGCCCAGUGGAUAGAAGGAGAAAAAUGGUUCAGUUUAAAAAAUUUAGUUAUAAGUAAAUUAUUGUCGCUUGUGUCCACUUGGAUUUGACGAUUUGCGCUGGUAGGACGAUGGAGCUGCUAUGGGAAAUGUCCACACUUCGUUCCCUAUUUAUCAUUUUUGUAACCAAAUACCUAGUAGUUUUCUAAUUUAAGCGCCAUGACAUUGAUUAAAUACGGUAAUGACUUUUUCGUACGGCCCUAGGAUUGCGCGUUUCUUUAGUGAAAUACCGUAGAUUUUGACUUUCUAAAACAUUAAUUUAAAAGAGAGAUAGGAAGAAAACGGGUUUUACCGUGUUUUUUGUACCCCUUAGCCUACUGUUAACCAACUGUCGAAAAUAAAUAGUUCUCUCACAACGCCUCGAAAACCCGAUUUAAUAAAUAAGUAAUAAUGCAGCAGGAAUGGGACGCGUGGUAAAUGUAUGUACGAUAGAAUGUGAGGAGCUGAGGACGGGUUUUUCCAGAGCCGGGGCUGGAAGGGAAGAUACUGGGUCUACCACAAAGCCACGAAGAUAAUAGGAGAAAAUGUCUGCUAUAGUUGUACAUCAAGGUGCUGCACGUUGCUGCACCAAAAGUAGACUUUCUACUACACGAGCUGACUGAUAUAUAAACGACUUCUGUAGGCGAUAAAAAGUCACAGUUGCGAAUUGUUCUUCACUCCUACAGGUAGUUCAACUUAAAAUGUGGAAGGUAACGAACUCGAUCAAAUGUGCGCUCGUGAUUGCUUUGGUGCUUAUGCAACAAGGCUCAGAAGCAACUAAAGGAAAACGCCAUCGACAACCAGCUGCUUCACCUUCCUAUCAGUCCUACCAGCAACAAGCCCCAGUAGCUCCUCCAGCCUACCAACAACCUGCUCCUUCUUAUCAGCAACCUCAGCAACAAGCUCCAGCACCGUACCAACAGCAAGCCUCAGCCUCUCCAUCCUACCAACAACCUCAGCCACAAGCUCCAGCACCGUACCAACAGCAAGCCUCAGCCUCUCCAUCCUACCAACAACCUACUCCAUCAGCCCCAUCUCAGCAACAGCAGUAUCCUCCAGCGGCACAGUCGUACCAGCAACAAGCUUCCCCGUCACCAUCAUACCAGCCACAGGCCCCAACGGCUCCAGCUCCAUCAUACGAACAACAGCAGACCCCUGCCGCUCCGUCUUACCAACAACCUUCUCCGGCAGCCCCAACCUACCAACAGCCGACCCAAGCAAGUCCAUCCCACCAGCAACAAACCCCAUCGGCCCCAUCUUAUCAACAACAAUCGGCCCCAGCGGUUCCAUCGUACCAACAACAGGCUACAGCUUCCUCUUCCUACGGUGGGGCUCAACAGCCACCGACCCCGUCUCACCAACAGCAAAAUGAAAUCGCUCCAUCUUACCAGCCACAGCCGACUCCAUUGGUUCCUUCUCACCAGCAGCAGCAUUCAGCUCCUUCCUAUCAACAACAGGCUCCGUCAGCUCCAACCUACCAACCACAGACUCCAACAGCUCCAGCUCCAUCAUAUCAACAACAACAACAGCAGUCUCCAGCCGUCCCAUCUUAUCAACAACCUCCUUCAGCCACCCCAACUCAACAAAAGCCGACCCAAGCGGCUCCAUCCUACCAGCAACAGCAAGUUGCUCCUCCAGCCUAUCAGCAGCAGCAAGCUCCAGCGGCUCCAUCCGGUCUAUUUUAUCAGGAGCAACAGUCGUCAGCGGCCCCAUCGUAUCAGCAACAGGUCGGCCAAGCAGUUUCUUCCAACCAGCAACAACUGGCUCCCGUCCCCUCCUUCUAUGGCCCUUCUUCUCUGUUUGUCUAAGUUCGAAUGCUAAAUAUUUUGACAACAUUUAGCUAAUGUUGGGAGAAGAUUCAAUUUUAUUCAUUCUAGGUGGCUGUGCUAUGUGAGAAUUUUGUUAUUUGCAGAGUUAUAUGAUUCGCAAUUGAAAAAUAGAUUUUAUCAAUUACAUACAAUUACUAACUCCUGAA